UGUCGUGUAUGGAUUUCGUGCAGAAGAAAACCGUAUUCUGCAUUUCAAAAGCAGAUAAUUCGUAAACGAAUGCUAUUACUUUUAUUUUAUAUUAUAUUAAAAAAUACAAGAAAAACGCACACGGCAAUUUGGGUACGUCCUAUAUUCAAAGAAGAAAGAAGGCUAAUGCAAGGAGCAAGUGACAACCUUGUUCGUGAAAUGGAGGAUACCGAUGUUGAAAAAUAUUUCAACUAUUUCCGGAUGCCAUUCGAGACAUUCCAGAAAUUGUUAACAAUUGUUGAACCAUACAUCACAAAAAAAACAAUAAUUCGAACACCGAUUUCUGCACGCAUCCGUUUACAAGUGACAUUGCGAUAUCUAGCUUCCGGAGACAGUAUGAUGUCCAUAUCUUACAGUUUCCGCAUAGCUCAUAAUACUGUUUCAAAAAUUGUCGCUGAGACUUGCCUUGUCAUUUGGAAUUGUCUGAAAAACGAAGUAUUUCUUCAACCGAAUACAGCUAAUUGGGAACAUAUUGCUGAAGAAUUUCAAAGCAUUUGCCAAUUUAAUCACUGUAUCGGAGCUCCUGAUGGAAAGCACGUUGUUAUUCAGGCACCACCAAACAGUGGAUCCACGUUUUACAAUUACAAAGGGCAACACAGCCUUGUUCUUCUUGGCAUAAGUGAUGCUAAUGGUUGCUUCAGUCUCGUCGAUAUUGGUGGUGAAGGAAGGCAGUGUGACAGUACAAUAUUUAAAAAUAGUGAGUUGGGGAAACGAUUCAGCGAUGGAUCGCUUGAACUGCCUGCACCAAAGUAUAUCGAAAAUACCAAUGUGAAAUUGCCCUAUGUGUUAGUCGCGGAUGAAGCAUUUGGACUAACGACAUAUAUGAUGAGACCGUUUUCUCGAAAUGAUCUAGAUACAAGAAAAAAAGUUUUCAACUAUAGAUUGAGCCGUGCUAGACGAACGGUAGAAUGUGCAUUCGGGUUACUCACUGCUAGAUGGCGGAUAUACGGAAAACCCAUAAUUGCUUCUACGUCGACAGCUCAAAAAAUUAUACAAGCAACGACAGUGUUACAUAAUUACAUCAUGUUAACUGAAAAGGAUUUGGAUAUAAAACAACGGUGUUAUUCAAAUUUCACAAUACAAGACCGUAAAGUGACUUCUCUAGGCUUGAGGGAUAUACCAAUAAGUUCUUCCUCUAACACCGCUGAAGCGAAAAAGAUUAGGGAAGACUUUGCUGACUUUUUCUAUGGAAGUGGAGCAUUGCCAUGGCAAUGGAACAAAGUAUUGAAUAAUGACUUUUGAAUAACGAAAAUUGUCCGAUAUAAGUUUCUUUUUUAAUUGCAACGUUUGAUUGGAAUUGUUC